AUGUCAGGUAUUUUCGAUGGUGAUUCCGAAGAUUUAGACUGGAGUGGUGAUUUAGGGGUAAGCUGUAACUUAUCGCGGGAUUUCUCUAAUACUUGCUAAUCACACAGUGAAGUGAAACGGUACUGCCCUCCAUUUUGAAAGGUACCUUGUGCUUUGCCGGAAAAGAAACUCGAGUAAACGAACGUUUGAUUAUCAAUAGAAAGAUAAAAAGCGCUUUGAUAGCAACGAUAUCAGCUUCCAGUGAUUUUCAUGCUUUCUCAUCGUGCCGAAUUGUUCGUUUACAAACGACAGGAGUACGAUGGGGAAAGAAACGACCUUGGUGAGAGACAUGGCGAAGGAAAAGCUGUCCUACCCAAUGGUGAUGUUUACGAAGGGACUUAUUUUCAUGGAAAGAGGCACGGGAAGGUAUGGGUUUUGAAGAAGCCUUAUUCCUAUUUGUUAUACGUGAGAGAAAAGAAAUUUAAGAUCGUUAGAAAGGGGACCGAAUUUCCGUCAAUUUUACGCCUCGGGAUGUUUCGCCCUAAUUUUGUAGGAGUUUAUUUAACCACAUGCAAUAUUAAAGUAGCUUACAUUCAUGCACUUUUUACACUAUUUUUAAGUUGGAGAAAUACUUUGGAAACGUUUCCAAAGCGUCUUGAUUUUUUCUUUUUCGGAAGGGUGUAUACAUUUUUCGAAAUGGAGCGAAGUACACAGGAUAUUAUGAUCAGGGCCUGAAGAACGGCGAUGGCUUGCUUGAGUAUCCUGAUGGCUCUAAAUAUGAAGGUAAGAUUGCCUUUAUAAAAUUGGAUUGGUACAAAUCCUUUUUGCAAGCUAAAGUUAGAAAAGUUUUAAGUUUCUCUCUUUGACAAGGAUAAAAUAAACCCAAUUCACAAUCUCAAAAAAAUUGAAAACUUCUUAACUGAUGGUUCUUUUCCAAAGCAUUAAAUGUUCAGAAUGUAUUGGAUAUAAAAUAGAUCAAUUAAUUUUCUAAAUCAUUUUAUGUUUCAUUGUACCAGGUCAUUAAGGGCCGGUUAUUUAUACUAAGUUUAGCUGUUUUUUUUUUCUAGCAAAACCGCAUUCAAAACUUACUUGUCUCAAGCUAAAUAUUUCAUCUGAACAUUUAAUUUUGUGAACAGUGUCAAGAGGGCCGAAAGGUGGCAAAGGAAGGAAAUUUAUUUGAUGAAAACAACCCUCUUCAUUUUUUUCUCUCAAUAUCAAAAAUUAACCUCCCCUCACUGUCUGCCAUAUAUUUCCUAUAAUUUAAGUUGUGAGAAUUGAAUGUUCAACCAAACAGUAUCUGGCAGUUGAUAUUUUCCUUCUCCAUUCAAAAACAUUAAUAUAUAUAUUCUCCACACUGCUCUCUUUACAUUUCCUAUACAACUGACAGAGAAUUUGUUUGACAAUCAGGAGCCUCUUACAUUGAUGAUCAUUUCCUAUUUUCUCAUGACCUUUAAGUUUGAUUCAAGGGUGAUUCUGUAAGGAGAAAUUACAAGUCAGUCACUCUCAAGGUUAAAAAGUUUAAUAAAUGUCAAAAUUGAGGGGAGAAAUUAAUUAAUUGUCACUUCAGGAAGAGGAAGGGUUAAGUGAAGCUUGUUUUAAUCUUUUAACUCCUAGAAGUGAUUAAAUUGUAACUUCUCCUUACAACAUCCAUACAGUAUCUAGUAAACUGGUACUGAUAGUAUUUAAACUGAUAAAAGUUGAUAUCUUGAUCUAAAACCAAAUUCUCACAACAAAUUUACAAAGAAUUGUGUAGCUGGAGGGGAGAAUUAACAAUCAGAUCUUGGGAGUUAAAAGGUUAAAGUUAAGAAAUUUUACCUAGGAAAAUGGAAAAAGAAUGAGCGCAAUGGACAAGGAGUUUACCACUAUGCUAAUGGGGAUAUUUAUGAUGGAGAAUGGCAAAACAACUGGAGGGAAGGAAAAGGAGUGUAUACUUGUGCAGCGACUCAACUCAAAGUAAGUUAUUACACAUAAAGUUGACAGUUUUACAACCAAAGAAUGGGUGGGGCUCAUAGAAGUUAACCCUUUUACACCUUGAUAUCAGUAUGUCAGUUCUCCCUGCUGUUCUCUUUACAUUUCUUGUGGUAGUUACAUGGAGAAUUUUUAUAUUGAUCAAGGGCUCCUUGAGUAGGCAAUUAAUUCAUUUGUUCUUGUGACCUUAAAAUUUGAUUUGGGGUUCAUACUCUUGGGAGAAAUUAGAUGCUCAUCACUCUUAAGGAUGAAAUGGUUAAAGAGGCAGGUUGCAGUGAAAGAGUUGAAAAGAAAAGAAAAACCAUUUACUAUGUGGGCUUGUUCACUAAACCAAUCUCAAAUAGUUUUACUUUAUUUCCUUGCAUAAACACUCGUGUGCCUUAUUUCACAUUUCAGCUUAAAGUUAGCAUAGCUAUAGAAAAAAAAAUGAAAAGAACUGAUAACACAAAAAGGAACUCUAAAAGAAUGUGGAGAUAGAAAUUACUGGAACAGAAAAAAAUUACUGGAACAGAAAAGAAACUUAUUCUCUUGUGCUGAUUCUGCUGUAGUUGAAGCUUAAAAAGUUAUAGAAAAAUCGGCAAUAGAAACGGGUUUUCUUUUUAUUUCCGCUAUUAUAGAAAGUGAAGGAGGAGGGAGGCAGUUAUUUGAGGGGGGUGCUUACAAGUUUGAAAUUAUUGCUUAGGGGGUAGGUGCUUAUUCAGGUGCUUAUAAGAUUAUGACUACUUAUUCAAGGAAAUACAGUAAGGUGAUACAAAUUAUGCUGAAAUUAUGCUUGGGAGCUCAAUAAAAGGGUACUCUGAUCCUGUUUACAGUCCUUAUUUGGGACUAUGAUGUAAAGCUGUACUUAUUGAGGUUGGUGUGGGAAGCAUAGGAACCUGUUUGCAGGUUUGAAUAUGGAUCUCUGUCAUUUUAAAUGUCCAGAAAACUAAAGUAAAAUAGAUCAACAUAACCAGAUAAAUGUGUGGUAAUGAAAUGAUGCAGUGUCACUCUAGAAGAUACAUCUUUAGUCUUCUUGACAUCAUGAAAAAAGUCUUAGUUUAUAACCAUAAUAUUUACUAGGAAACUUAAUUUUCAUGAGGUUUUUUUUUAAGGCAUGUAAUUUUGUUUGAACAUUUGUAACACCCAUAAUAAAACAGGAAUUUCCAAAAUGUGCUCUGGAGACAAAAAUGUUCACCUUUGAUUAUUGUUGUAAUUAUUAUAGAAAAAAAAAAAUUUGAGAAGAAGUCAUAUUGUCUUUAUUUUUCAAGUAUGAUGGACACUGGGUAAAUGGAAAACUGCAUGGACCAGUCAAUAUGAUUCUUGCCAAUCAUGUCUACCUUGGACAUUUUGUGGAAAAUAGGGUUAGUUAUCUUUUAAAACACAGCAUCUUAAGCGUCAAUUAAUUCAGGCACUUAAACUUUUGAAAGUUGGUUUGCUCAAAUACCUGCCCCCUCCCCCCCAUUGACAUUUUGAGUUCAAGUUCCCCACCCCACCCCACCUAGGCAAGGUUUAAAUUCCCCACUCCCUGCACACUGAUAACAGUUAAAUGCCCAUCUGUUGCCUGGGAGGGGUGGGAUAUUGUAGCUUUGAAUUGACUGGAGCAUUACAAUAAUAUCUGACACACAAUUUUACAAGAGCAUAAGUUGUAAUUGGUUCUAGUUCUCUAUGUGAUUGAUUGUAAGGGUGAUGUACAAUUUCUACACCAAUUAUACAGAAGGAGGGAAAGCAGCAGCCAGUCAAAUUACAGAUUACGUUUGACCCUCACCUUUAACUGAUCUGGCACCAGUUGUUUGCAGGGUGGAUAAUGCUAUCCACUGGAUAAGUCUCCAUCUAGGGGACUAACUCUUUAACUCCCAGGAUCAAAUUGUUAAUUCUCCCCUCAAGCUGCUACACAUUUCCUUAUAAAUUAGUAAUGAGAAUUUGGUGUUAGAUCAAGAUAACAACUUCUAACUGAUAAGUUUGAAUAUUCACAUUACCUAUUUGCUGGAUAAUGUAAGAAUAUUAUAGGGAGAAGUUUCAUGUUGAUCACUUCUAGGAGUUAAAAGGGUUAAUAGUACUGGAUAGCAAUUUAUUUGUUGGAUAGUGUUAUGCAUCCUUUGAACAACUGAGCCCUCACGUUGUAAAAAUGAGUUGUAAUUCUUUAUUGGUAGCCCUGUGGACCUGGUCGAUAUGUCUUCGACUUUGGUGUGGAGCAACAUGGGAAGUACAUCUUCCCUAAGGUAAUAAACAUAUGUUUGAUGGUAUUUCAUUGUUCAGAUAUAAUAAAUAUUCUUCUGUCAGCAGUUACACAUUCCUCAAUGAAAUCCUUGUUAAGUGUUUACCAAAAUGUAUUUCUACUCCUGGGUAGAGAGUAGCACUGUGAGAGUGAAGUGUCUUACUCAAGAACGUAACACAAUGUCCUGCUCCCAUCAAUGUAUGGACAAAGGCUCAAUUCCCCAUGGGAACUCUGAAGAAAUUUUCCAGGAUCUUUCUUAUUCUGGUCACACUCAAUGCCUCCAACACUGAACGCAAAAUGCGGGUCUCGUGUAGACCUUGUCAUUGCCUAGCUCAAUGCAGAGUCUCAGUAGCUUAGUGAUGGAGCAUGGGAGUGCAGAAUAGUCCAUUUUACAGUUGUGUGCUUGGUUGAAUUUAAAGGCUCUGACCAGUUUGCUUUUCAAAUGCAAAUUCCUUUGUUAUCAUGCUAACUAGAUACUGGUCAAGGACAAGAUUCACAAGGACAAGAUUAAAAGACAUCUUUCUCACAUAUUUAUUUUGUCUUGUUUCAGAAGGUAAACCCUCAUGGGGAGAUGCAUGUAGACCCUCAUGGGGAGAUGCCAGACAGAGAGCAUCCAGUUUGGCGAUGUGCGCCAGACCUUCAUCCUCUUGGUUCCUAA